AUGUACUUCUCAAAAGCCUCUACUCUCACUGCCGUUGGCUGCCUCAGCAGCCUCGGUCUCAGCGUAAGCCUGCCGGUCCAGGAGCGACAGAUCGUCUACUGCGGCGACGGAAACACGCCUGCUUUCGCAACCACUGGUGAUGCUGAGGGUGGACCUGGCUUCUAUAUCACCAACAACGACGUUGACGCCAAUGUGAAGUACUUCAUCAUCGAGAACAGCCGGGACACUCACCCGUGGAAAUACCUUGAUAUCCCCAUUGGCACCCGGGCUUUCGUCUCUGUGUGCAGCACGUUCCAGGGCCGCAUCCAGCGCGGCAACCCGUCGGUGCAGCUGGACGGCAACGCGCACACGCUGGGCACGUGGGUCGAGGCGUCGGUGGACUCGACGGGGGCCAUGUACGGCGACAUCAGCUUCCUGGAGGGCUGCGACGGCGGGGCGGCGCUGGGGACCACGGACGGCACCAACCUGGUGCGCGGCUGCACGGCGGCCAACCUGCUGACGGGCGCGCCCGCCGCCGCCCUCAUCACCAACGACUACGGCAACGCCAUCCUCGACGUCACCAUCGACAAGCCCAACCGCGCCUACAACGCCGCCGCCCGCGCCUGGGAGCUCAGCGUCUGCGACGCCGCCCAGGUCUGGAUCGACGACCCCAACUACAACGCCGGCGCCAUCAUCCGCUCCGGCACCGGCACGUUCGAGGUCGUCUUCACGAACGGCGUUGUCUAA